AUGGCCUUCAACUUCAACUGGUCGCCGCUCAUUGCGGAUACCGAUCGAGUUCGCGACAUGCUCACGAGCGCGCUGAACAAAUCGCCCAAACCGCCCAUCAUUGUCGACGACAUCAUUGUCAACGAGUUGAACUUGGGCGCGACACCGCCGGAGUUGGAAAUCUUGGAGAUUGGUGACUUGGCCGAGGACAGAUUCAGAGGCAUCUUCAAGAUGAGCUAUGCAGGAGACGCUUAUCUGACGCUGAAAACAAGGGUACAAGCAAAUCCGCUCCAUACAUAUCUAUCGACCAAGCCCAGCUUUGCGAGUCCUCAGCCGUUGGCGGCGAGCAGUAGUCUGACCAUCCCCAUCCAAAUCACCCUGUCGGAGAUUCGCCUGUCGGGCUUCGUCAUUCUGGUCUUCUCCAAAUCCAAGGGCAUCACCAUCGUGUUCAGGAAUGAUCCGUUGGAGCAGCUGAAAGUGUCAUCUACGUUUGACUCGAUACCCUUUGUCCGAGACUACCUGCAAAAGACCAUCGAAAACCAGCUUCGCGUCUUGUUCAUGGAGGAUUUACCUGCGAUCAUACAUCGCUUGUCUUUGUCAAAGUUCCGUCCCGAGUAUCAGACGGCCGAAGACCAGGAACCAAGGAAGGCUGAUCUUGCGCCUGGGGAAGUCCCUGUCGAUCCGCUCGCCAGUCCAGCACUGCAGCCCACUCCUGAUGGCGAGGAAACCAUGGGAGCACCCUUCACUCUCGAUCCGCCCACCGAGACCUAUGCAUCAUUCUCGCAAAAGAACAUGAUUAGGUUGGCAACACUUGCCGAAAGUCAGCGGACACUCAGUCUCUUCACGCCAGCUAUGAGAGAUACAGUAUAUCGUGCAUGGACUGGUACAUACCGUGAGGAGAUGGGUGGCACAAUUGCCUCCACGCGUCCAGGCCUCGCAAGACUUCACACGUCGAUCGCUUCGCACAGCACGGUGUCGUCAGCUACUUCGCUCGCGUCUGGAGGCGGCACUGAAGCUACUAGGCCUAGCCUUGUCAGCAUGGCGUCUACAGCAACGCUAUAUAGUCUGGGUAGCUCGGGAUCGCGAGCACGACCAAAGAAGAGAAAACAUCGGAUAGUCAACCUCAGGAAGAAUAAAGAUGAGGGUCAUACUCUGGAAAAUGCAAGCGUCGGUACUAGUGGAUAUGAUGAGAGCGCAAGUCAGACUGGCUCUUCACCAAGUGUUGUUCGCUCGGGUACACAGGCGACUUCCGCUAUUGGUGGCAAUGCGCGAGAAGGAGAGAUCAGCACUCCGCCACGAAGUCCAAAGAAGAAAGUUGACUUUCAUACCGACAAUGUAGACGGAGCUGUUGAUCGGCCUCCGCUAUCCAGAUCACGCCCCUGUACGCCAAAGACCUCGUUACCGCCGCUCGCACAUCCUGACGAUGACCUCGAUCGUACUCCUCGAGCUUCAAUGUACUUGCCAAAAAAGGACGAAAAGAACGUCCCGAGGACAUCAACCACCGCCAACAACGCCGUGCGAACACAGGCUUUUCCAUCUCGUUCACCUUCACCUGAAAUCAGCCGCAGACCUCCUUACGACUUUCGCCACUCUUCUUCUGACCUGAGCAGAACCUCUUCCGAUAUCAAACUACAAAGUCUAUUGACAGCUUUCAGCGAAGGCGGCAGUGGCGGUAUUCUAGAGCGAGCGUGGUUGGAGAAGAUGGCAACAGAGAUUGCAAAGAAAGUCGAGCAGGGGCGCGCGGAACAAAAAGCGUGGCGCCAGCCAUCUGAAGAGCGAAUUAUGGAAGAGGCCCCUCCUGCCUAUGUCUCGUAG